CGAAUGGGAAAAAAAGUAUUAAUUGUGUUAUGAAGUGAAAUUCUGACCGAAUGAAAACACUUUGUGCAGAUGUAGGACCUGGAUGGAACAGAUACAGCUUUUGCGGCCUAGUACAUUUUAAACUCGACAACCUGGAAGGAUGGGCGACGGUGCCAGGCAGCGGGCAACCGAGGGGCCCCCCUCACAGACGGGCGAGAAAUCGACGCACUCAGCAGUAGCCCUGAAAAAGGAGAUUGGUCUCCUCAGCGCCUGCGGUAUUAUUGUGGGUAACAUCAUUGGCUCUGGGAUAUUUGUAAGUCCCAAGGGAGUUCUGGAGAAUGCCAGCUCAGUGGGCGUGGCUUUCAUUGUAUGGAUAGGCACGGGAGUCAUCACCGCCAUCGGAGCGCUGUGCUAUGCCGAGCUUGGAGUCACCAUUCCCAAGUCUGGGGGAGACUACUCCUAUGUCAAUGACAUCUUUGGCGGCCUGGUUGGGUUCCUGAGGCUGUGGAUAGCAGUACUGGCCAUGUAUCCCACCAACCAGGCCGUGGUGGCCCUCACCUUCUCCAACUACAUCCUGCACCCUCUGUUCCCUGCCUGCGGCGUGCCUGAAAGCGGCUCGCGCCUGCUCGCAGCCCUGUGCCUCCUGUUGCUGACGUGGGUAAACUGCUCCAGCGUGCGCUGGGCGACCCGCGUGCAGGACACCUUCACCACUGGCAAGCUGCUGGCCCUGGCUCUCAUCAUUACCAUGGGCAUCGUGCAGAUCUGCAAGGGCCAUUUUUACUGGCUGCAGCCAGGCCAUGCCUUCGAGCCUUUCCAGGAGUAUGACGUGGGCCGCCUUGCUCUGGCCUUCCUGCAGGGAUCGUUUGCCUACGCGGGAUGGAACUUCCUCAACUAUGUCACAGAGGAGCUCAUUGAUCCCUACAGGAAUCUGCCCCGAGCAAUCUUCAUUUCCUUGCCGCUGGUAACGUUUGUUUACGCGUUCGCGAACAUGGCGUAUGUCACUGCAAUGAGUCCCCAGGAGCUACUGGCCUCCAACGCCGUGGCCGUGACGUUUGGCGAGAGACUGCUGGGAGUCAUGUCAUGGAUCAUGCCCGUGUCUGUGGCCCUGUCCACGUUUGGAGGUGUUAACGGCUCCCUCUUCACCUCGUCUCGCUUAUUCUUUGCUGGAGCAAGAGAGGGCCAUCUUCCUCGUCUGCUGGCAAUGAUCCACGUGGACCGCUGCACUCCGAUACCAGCCCUGCUAUUCGCUUGUAUAUCAACUCUUCUAAUGCUGUGCACUAGUGAUAUAUACACCCUCAUCAACUACGUGGGCUUCAUAAACUACCUGUUUUAUGGGGUCACUGUUGCCGGGCAGAUUGUGCUGCGUAUCAAAGAGCCGGACCUGUAUCGACCAAUCAAGAUUAGCUUGGCAUGGCCAGUCAUCUACCUGCUGUUCUGGGCCUUCCUGCUCGGUUUCUCACUGUACAAGGAGCCGGUGGUGUGCUGUAUCGGGCUGGCCAUACUGACGUCGGGUGUUCCUGUGUACCUCUUCGGUGUCUACUGGGAAGCCAAACCUAAGAGCUUUAUUUACUUUGUCGAUCGAAUGACACACUUGGGGCAGAAAUUAUGCCAGGUGGUGUAUCCUGCGGAAGCUGGGAAGAGAGAGUCUGGGAUUGAGGAAAAGUGUGAGGAAUCUGAGAAGAAAUUCUGAACCAACGAAAGACUGAUUUAAACAGGACUGUUGACACAUAUUUGAAGUGUUUGGAGUGUGAAAAUGGACACAACACACAAUCAUCUGUGAGGC